GGGCAGCGUGCCGCAGGCUGGGCCCUCACCUGCCGGCGACUGAAACUAGGGGCUGCUAGGGGCUGGCAGGACACACCUGUCCCCUGAGGGCAAGACUUGCCACCAGGAAGGGGGAAGCUCACCUGUGUAGCUUCACAACCCUGGGACUAUGAAGGUCAAAGUGAUUUCAGUCUUGGAAGAUAACUACAUGUACUUGGUCAUUGAAGAAAACACCAAGGAAGCAGUUGUAGUGGACGCAGCUGUUCCCAAGAGGUUACUAGAAAUUGUCAGAAAAGAAGGCGUUGCCCUUAAAGCGAUUCUUACCACCCAUCACCAUUGGGACCACGCCCGAGGAAAUGAAGAACUGGCGAAGGUGUAUCCAGAGCUGCAGGUGUAUGGGGCGGAUGAGCGGAUUGGAGCCUUGACGCACAAGGUGACUCAUAACGAGGAGUUAAAGUUCGGAGAUAUUAACGUGAGGUGCCUGUUCACGCCGUGCCAUACAUCAGGCCACAUGUGUUAUUUCAUGUGGGAAGAGAACUCCCCAGAUGCUCCAGCCCUCUUUUCAGGUGACACCUUGUUCAUUGGUGGCUGUGGGAAGUUCUUUGAAGGGACGGCUGAGCAGAUGUACAAGAACCUGACUGAAAUCCUGGGUGCUUUGCCGAAGGACACUAAAGUGUUCUGUGGGCACGAGUACACCGUGAGGAAUCUCAAGUUUGCUUUGAAAGUGGAACCGGAGAACGAGAGUGUGAAAAAGAAACUCGCUUGGGCAAAACUCCGAGACGACGAGGACUUGCCCACGGUGCCCUCCACCCUGCAGGAGGAGUUCCACUACAACCCCUUCCUGCGGGUCUCGGAAGAAGCCGUGCAGAAAUUCACUGGCCAGACGGCUCCGGUGGCCGUGCUGCGAGCUCUCCGCACAGAGAAGGACAACUUCAAGAAGCCCAAAGAGAGGCUGACCCCUCAGGCCAUGCUGGCGUUCGAGUGGGGACUCUUCGGCCCCUUCAUGGGGAAGAAGUGAAAUGCAGCCAGGUUUGUCGGAUCGUUUAUUUUGUGCCAAUAUAUAAACGCAACCAAGGCCCCAGCGAGGGCCAGGCCUUUUACCAAACUGCAGUAUCCUGAUCGUUGUUGUGGGGGAGGCCUGUUAGGCCAGCCUGUCUCCCAGCUGGGCAAGGAUCGUUCCCCGCAGCCCAAUGUGUAGGGGUUUGUCCUGUCUGGCUUUAAAUGACUCGGCCACUGCAGCUUCCCCUACUGCAUGGGCCUCGCUGCUGGGAAGUGGGGCUUGUUAUUCAGCCUCGUUUUUUUCUUUACUCCUUUUGAUCCCCUCACUUCUAGCUGUACGUGUUAACCACCCGAAGCAAUUCCUCUCUUACACCCCUCUGAGAAUGGGCUGAUUCUCUGAGCCCUGCCUCUUGAAAGGGGCUAUGUAAGAAACAGGUUUGUUUUUGUACCUGGAAGUAAACUGGGGGCUUCUGGAAAACGGGGAAAGCUGAAAAGGGAAACAUAAGGGUUAUACGUGGAACAGUUCGGCCCAGAGCUAUUCCUGUUUUUAAAAGGCUGUUUUGUUGCUCCUCAAAACAAGAUAUUUUGGGGACAUCUAAAAUUUUUAAUCUAGUAAUUACUGGGGGAGGGGCUGCUCUCUGAAUGGAACGAAACUAUUCUGUGUACCAAUGUAGCAUUAGAAAAAACACUUAUUUUGCACUAAGCCAUGGCUGUCCUUGUCAACAGUGACUCUCUCAAACUAUAACUGAGAAACUUGAAAGUGCUGAUUUCUGUGCCAACCUCCCCUUAACAACUGAAGACAAUUAUCUCCAGAAAAUCAAAACGGGCAGUGAAUGGGCCCCUUGUAGUGUGAUCUGGCAGCUGCAUGUAUAUUCAGUAGAGUAUAUAAAGCAGUGCAUCUUUUCGAGGAGCCGACACUGGCCCCUUGCCAUCUUGACACGUUGGAAAGGUUUCAUGUAAUAGAAUUAUAGUGUAUAAGGCAAAAACGUAUCACUCUUAAUCACAGCAAGGUGAAACUAGCCGCAGGGUAAUUGGAAUGAGUGGGUUGGAGGGGAAUUGUCUUUUUGCUUAAUAUUUAGGAAUAUCUUUAAGUCAAAAGCAGCAUUUUAAAAAAACACUGGUUUUUAAUAAUCCCAAAUGAAAAUGUUAUAGGAUUUGCAAAACAAUUACUAGGGACAUAACAUGGGAACAGAUUAACCCCCCAAAAUGCUUUAAAUUGGAGCCCAGGCUUGUGGUCCUUCAAAGCAAGACUUCACUGGGAGUUGCUCAUGCAUAAGGCCUGAUGGAUCACCUCCCCUAGUCUCCUAGUUUGAAAAUAUGCUUAUACGCACUCCCUGUACCAGCAGAGGCAGAUUAAGGAAUCACAGUUAAAAGCCUGUGCAGACUUAUGCACAUUUAAUUCUAUGCAAUUGACUAGGGGAUUACUCACAUCCAUGAAAUUAAGCACAUCCAUGUCUGCAGCAUCAGGGCCUUGGGUCAGUAAGCAGCAUCUGUUUUGCUGCUUUUCUCCCACUACAGAACAUCAAAGAGUCUUCCCCUCCCACAUGCCUGUUUAAAAUAGUGGAAAGGGGAAGAAAUUUGGAAGAACUUGUGUUUGCAUCACCUUUUUUUAAUUAUUAAUUAUUAUUAUUAUUUUAAAGUAAAAAUUAUCAGUUUUUUAAAAAAAAAGUCAGCCUUCCAAUUUUAGUUUGUUAAAAAUAAUACUGCAACUUUUUUAAAAUCUGAAAACUGUGUAUAGUACUUAAGUUUGCAAGGCACCAGAGCAGUUUAUUACAAUAUUUAGACUUAAGUGUGGUCUCCUUUGAAAGAAAAUCUAGAGUAGCUCUGUAAACAGCUGUGAAAAUGCCGAUGCCUGGAUUAGAUGGAGCAGUUCUAGGGAGCAAGUUGCUCCGUUUCAUGAUUCCAUAGCUUUUACUAUUAAAUAGCAGGCCUCAUUCUCCACUACCUUGAGUUACUGUUCACACCAAAGUGCAACAGUAGAUGUACGCACUACUCCAUUAAAAUGGCAGUGAUUUUACACCUACUUCACGCAGGUGAAUGAGAACACAAAGGAAGGGAGAUUGGGCCCACUAAAACGUCUAUUGUAAAACUUUUCACACGGCUUUAAUUAAACUUGAUAGUUCUUAGCACUGGAUUAUAGUUGACCUGAUUUUUCUUUUAUGUACUGUGAGCUAGGAGUGUGGGGUUUUUAAGAAUAAACCGAUAUAAUUGUCUCCAUACUAGGUUUGCACAAUACAACUUGUGUGUAGACCUGCCCAACGUGUCACACUGAUGCGAACAACCACUGAAUGUACAACUAAGAUUGUUUUACUGAUGUGUAGAAUAUAGCUCUUGUAAAUGGGUAGCAAAACAAAAUGCAGAUUACUAAUGGGUUAAUUUUACACUGCACUAGCUAAUUAGCAUUUUAUUUGUAUAUGCCUAAUGAGGAUUGCACAUUUCAAAUAGAAAUAGAACUUGGGUGUUUUGCACUUUAAUACAGAGUUAAGUUAUAGCACUUGUGUACUAAACUUAGAAUUUCAUCAUUUAACACUAGAAUUCAUGUGUCUUGCUGUAAUUAAAACCUACCGUUUUAAUGGAAUACUAUCUGUAAAACUACGCAUGAGAAUGUAUUCACUGAAACUAGUCCCCUACUUACAAAACAGGAGAGAAAAGCAAUGUGAGAGUCUUGCGAGAUGAGCACUGUGUACUCGCUAGUAGAUUGUAAUGACAACUUUAAAUAAAGCUUUGAUUUUUUUUUAACUUU